AUGCCGAGCACAGAGUUAACAAAUUAUAAUUUUCAUGCCGAAUAUAACUCUUCAACUAGUGCGGAUGAACUUUUCGUUAAGCAUAGUAUUCCCGAGCUACGUGCUCUUGAAAAAAGAACAAGAUCCGAUAUUGAGAAAAAAAAACAGGAAUUAAGGCUUAUGGUUGGUGAACGAUAUCGUGACCUAAUCGAUGCAGCCGAUAGUAUAGUUAACAUGCGCCAUUGUGCCUUAUCUAUUCAAGAAGAAUUACAUCACAUGCAAGAUUCUUGUGAUGUUAAUGUUCUGAAAAGCACUGUUAGAGCUCAAAUAAAUGAAGACAAAAAGGGAACAAAAGAUGAAAAGAAGCAUCACCUAUAUUCAUCAGCUGCACAAAUCAAAUUAUUGGUGGACAUUUGGCGAUCUUUAGAAAGCCAUAAAUAUUUAAAUGCUAGUCGUUUAUACCUUAUUGCAAAGUUGGUGUAUAAAAAUCUUCAAGCUCAUAAUGAAGAUUCACCUUUCAAUGUGUCGGUGACCUUUCCGGUUGUUCAACGUCAAUGGGAUGCUGUCAGUCACUUUAAAGCUCAAAUUCUUCAAAAAGCCACGCUAUAUUUAAAAGUUAUUGAACAAUCUGAGCAGAGUCUUGCAGAAACGCUUUGCGCAAUAAUGUUGCUGGACGAUGUGACCAAAAAAGAUGUAUUUCGUAAAUGUCUUGAUAUGCGAACAUCAGCGCUGAUACAAAUUUUAGAAAAGUCCGAAGCAAAAGACAUAAAAUCAAUGGUGGAACAGUUCAAGGAAAUGAUUCGUCUUAUUCGAGGCACUGUUUAUCAUGUUGGUUCUGUAUUCAUUAGUGCAGAGAAUGAACAAUCAUUAUUUGAAUCAUAUCUGCAUCAACUACAACAAGGAUUCACUGUUUAUGAAGAUUUUGCACAACCAUCUCCUGCUUUGGUGUCUCCGCGUGAUUCAAAAGCUUCUUUAACCCGUCUAUAUUCGCCUUCGACAAAUAUACACUUACUUGUACGUUACCUCCCUGAAUCAAUUCAAACAUUUACUCCCUUUUUACAUAUGUCUGGUACACGUGGCCAACUUUCACAAGAAGAUAUUACAACGCGGAUGAAUUUAUGGGUAGACCAAAUUGUUGAACAAUUCCAUGAAAAACUUGAUGACUUGUUAUCAAAAGUACCUUGUGCAAAAGAGUUGCAUGAAUUAAGGAAAAUAAUUUGGGAAAUUUUAAAAGAAGAUGAAUGCGUUAAAGAGGAAAAUCAAUCUUCGUUUAAAAAGUUUCCAAGUAAAGUUCAUAGAACUAGUUUUGGCUUUGAGCUGAACAUAAAAAAAACAGCUUUGUCUUGGUAUCUUGUAAAUAUUAAAAUUUUUAUCCUUAAUUGGUUUGUUGUGAGUUUUACUGUUCGGAAUGGUUUCAACAAACGAUUCAAAGAUAUUAUAAUAUCUUCGUUUGUUGAAUUAUCUAACCAACCAGAAAAGUUGCUUAAAAAUAGACUGUACAAACUUGAAGAUCCCAAUAAUGAAGAAAGGCAUCUUGGAAAUUUUAUUUGGGCGCAUGGAUCUACAUUUUUUAAUUCAAAGCCUCACGAUAAUACUGCAUCAGUUUUCAAAAAUCGAAUAGAGCUCCUUGUCUCUGGACAAACAUCCUUUGUUAACGAUGCUAAAGUGGCUUUUGACAAAAUUUUAAAGGAUAUUAAGAAUGAUAUGGAACCAGUAUUUGCUUUAUCAGGGAACGGUCGUACUAAUGAUAUAUUUCUAGAUAAAUUUGCGAGUGGUGAAUUGUUUAAUGCCAAUAGUGAUACGGAGGAUUUAUCCGCAUUCUUUCAAGAAACAAUUAUAAGUUCUGUUACAUCUUAUCGUAACCAACUUUAUAGUUUAUUGGAAGAGGUUGAUACAAGUGAUAAAAAUCAAGCUAUAGCAUCUGCAGAACUGCCUAUACUUUUGCAAUUGAUAUUCAUCAAGGAGAAAAAAGUAAAUCAAUUUAAUAGUCGCCUUUCAUCAUCAUCAUCAUUAGAUGCACGCCUAGUAAAUUUACGCCAGACCUUAAUGGAUGUUUAUUUCCCGGCUCAUCAACCAUGGAUUAAAUGGAUCACUCAUAAUGUACAAGAUACUAUUUAUAAAAUGUUAUCUAAUACUCAUUGGGAUGAAACCAAUGUGCAAACAUUAGUUUGGGAAGAAGUAACUAUUCAAGAUCCGGUACAGGGUCAAGAAGGUAAUAAAAUGAAGUUGCCUUCACAACCAUCAACCACAAUUAUGAACUGUUUGUUUAAUGUUUGUCAAGAAAUCAAUCGUGUUGGCAGUCCAACAUUACACGAG